CCCCUUCUCCUCGAAGUGGCUUGUGAGUUUCCCGUCCUCUUCCCCUUUUACAAAGAAAGCCAACAGAAGACGCACAAUCUCAGUCGACCACCAAAACAAAAAUAUAUUCCCAAAACGCUCCUCACUCCCUCCGUCGCUCCCCCGCUUCUCCUUUUCGCCCGCCGGAAGGCCGAUCCCGGCCCAUGGUAGCGGCGCCAGCGCAUCCUGAGGGGCUCCGGGGGAUAGAAUCGGGGUCGCGGUUCUCGGAACUCCUCGUGAUCUCUUUUUCUUGAUCGGGUUUUUCGAGGGCGGCGGGAUAGGAAUUAGGGUUAUCGGUGACCGGAUUUCGAAUCGGGAAUGAUCUGAGUUAGGGUUCGUGGAUCCGUUUAUUGGGUUGUUUCGGGUCGCUGGUUUUGGGGUUCUUGACGCGGUCGGCCAUGUCGGAUGACAUAGUCAUGCAACUGUCUUCCAGUUCGAGCCCCUCCGAUCCGUCCCUUCCGACGAAGCUGGCUAAGUUGGAGGCUCGCAUGGCCGGAAAGAGCUCUUCCUCUCUCACAAUUCAGUCGGCGUGGCAGCCUGCUCCCCCACCUCCGAUUAAAUUCGUGGAACAAGAGGAGUUGCCCGACUCCUCAUCCUCUGAUGAUGACAAUGGUGGUGAGUUUUUGAUACAACACAACACUCAGAAGCGGCACAGACUUGAAGAGGAUGACCAUGAUAUGGAUCUUGAGCAAUCUAAGGAGACAACAAAUGGAAGCAUUAAGACCUUGGAGAAUUUUGAGAUCAGACGAAAUUUGGAUGACCCAAAUAAGAAAAAGCAAGGUCGUGGUAGAGGUCGUCCAUCAACAGGCAGGGGUCGUGGUUCAAAGACAUCUGAUCAAAUGCGAUCAGUUUCAACCGCUUCAAUUAAUUCCUCAAAUGGGCAGCUUGAGAACCCUCCAAACAAGGAAAAUUGGUCAAACAUUCCACUUGGAAAUGAUGAGAGGGUUGCUUUACAGGAGGAAAUAUCUGUGUUACAUGGCAAAAUUGCUACCUUGGAGGAAGAGUUAAACAGGUCACGUCAAGAAGCAUCUGACUAUCGUCAUCUUUCCCACCAGUUGGAAAAGGAAUUAAAAGAGCUCAGAGACCGUGAUCAACAGUCGAAGACAAAGCGGAUUAAAGUGCUAUCUGAUCUGUUAAUAUCAGUCUCAAAGGCAGAGAGGCAAGAAGCAAGGAUGAAGAUACGGCAAGAAUCUCUUAGGCUUGGAAAUAUUGGUGUUGUGAGAGCUGGAACCAUUAUUUCUGAGGGUUGGGAGGAUGGUCAGGCACUGAAGGAUCUUAAUGCUCAUCUUAGGUCUUUGUUGGAGAUGAAAGAAUCUAUUGAGAGGCACCGGAAAUCACUUAAAAAACGACAGUCUGAUAAGGGUGAUGGCAGUGACAUGGAAACUGGCAUAUCAGAUGAAGAUUUUCAUGUACAUGAUGAGAUUUUUAAAUCUCGCCUUGCAAGCAUCAAGCGUGAAGAAGAAACAUAUCUGAAAGAGAAGGAUCGUUAUGAGCUGGAAAAGGGAAGGCUCAUACGGGAAAUGAAGCGGAUACGGGAUGAAGAUGGUUCGCGCUUCAACAAUUUUCCGAUUCUUAACCAAAGAUAUGCUCUCCUCAACCUUCUUGGGAAAGGAGGGUUUAGUGAGGUCUACAAGGCAUUUGAUCUGGUGGAGAAUAGAUAUGUUGCAUGCAAGCUUCAUAGUUUGAAUGGUCAGUGGAGCGAAGAAAAGAAGCAAAGUUACAUACGCCAUGCAAUUCGUGAAUACAACAUACACAAGACUUUGGUGCAUCCCCAUAUUGUGAGGUUAUGGGAUAUCUUUGAGAUUGACCACAACACUUUCUGCACUGUCUUAGAAUUUUGCAGCGGCAAAGAUCUUGAUGCUGUCCUUAAGGCAACACCAAUUCUUCCUGAGAGGGAAGCUAGAAUCAUAAUUGUUCAGAUAUUUCAUGGGCUGAUCUACUUGAACAAAAGGCCUCAAAGAAUCAUUCAUUAUGACUUGAAGCCUGGUAAUGUUCUCUUUGAUGAGGUUGGUGUAGCAAAAGUGACUGAUUUUGGCCUAAGCAAAAUAGUGGAGGACGAUGUUGGUUCUCAGGGUAUGGAGCUUACCUCCCAAGGAGCUGGAACAUAUUGGUACUUGCCUCCAGAAUGCUUUGAACUCAGCAAGACACCACUAAUAUCAUCAAAGGUGGAUGUUUGGUCAGCUGGUGUAAUUUUAUACCAAAUGCUUUUUGGUAGACGCCCCUUUGGACAUGACCAAACCCAGGAGAGAAUUCUUCGUGAAGACACCAUCAUCAAUGCACGGAAAGUUGAAUUUCCUUCGAAGCCAUCUGUUUCAAUUGAAGCAAAGGAAUUGAUUCGUCGGUGCCUGACAUAUAAUCAAGCGGAAAGGCCUGAUGUUCUAACCAUUGCUCAGGACCCUUACCUGUCAUAUUCAAAGAGAUAGAAAGAUGUACAUCUUGCCAAGAGGAAUACCUUCAAAGGCAGCACUUGAAGGAAGAAUUCGGAGAAGUGAGUUUGUAAAUGUUGUUGUAAAGCCGUGUUUCUUUUUAGCUUCUCACUGGUUUAGUCUCCUUUUUAUCCAUAAAAGAAAAAGCCUUUCUUUUUUAUCUGUAAGGAAUACCAUUGUCUAAAGUAACUAAAAUGAGGCGCCUAAAAAGCAUGCAUUUCUUUUUAAUUGAGCCCAUCAAUUUAUUUCCUUACUAUUUUCUUUA